GCGAGAGUUUACUUCGAUGAGAUGUAUAACGUAUUUUCUAUUGGAAUUACGACUGUUAAUGAAGACCUCUUUCGGAAUUUCAACACCUUCGAAAGAUUGGCGCAGUUGUUUAAACAACGUAACGCUUCAGUUGAUAUAUCAGUUUACAACAACGACGAAAACAAAGAAUAUAUGUGUGCAACAACACAACCCGAAACCAACGAUGUUAAGUGUGCCGAUGAAGUUGUAGGCCACAAGUUGAUGAUAUCAGCUAACAAUGCAUAUUUCACGUUGAUUGUUUACGGUAUGCGCUCUUUCUAUGAUAUAAAAGUGAAAUUUAGCUACUUCACGAGAAAUGAUACAUAUCAGAUGAGAUUGUCUGAUUCGGAGAAUAAAUUAGUGCAGAGGAACAUUACCUUGAAUAAUGAAUAUUGGAUAACUGAAAAAUUGCAGUUGCGCAAAACGUAUAAAAUUAAAGUAAGGGUAUGUGAGAAAAAUAUAAAGCUCAUGAUAUGGUUCUUCCACAAACUGUCUGACGUUAUUCUGAAUUACACCAAGUCAUUUCAUUAUGCGUGCAUCUGGAAUCAUUUUGAAGUUCAUGUUUGGUUAUUGUCGAUCGCAACGGAAAAAGUUCUUAAAGUCCCGAGCAUAAUAAACAUGUUCCACAGUCCCUCAGUGGAAACAGGAAAUAUGAGCAUUCAGAUUAAAUCGAAUAUAAUUCACACAAAUUCAAUUAGAAUUGGUUACAGAGAUAUAUUUAUAUUACCAUUUACUGAUUGUAUCUCCGCCGGAUCAAUAGACGUGACAAACUCUGGGCGAAGGAAUUAUAGUCUAAUCAAUAUGAAUAUUGCAGACUGCUCUCACAACUAUCAACUGGUACACGGAGAAGUCUUGACCAAACAAAAAUAUUGGAUAACCUCUUACAAUCUGAAAGCCAUAAAUGUUACCACAAUGACUGGUGACAAUGGAACUGAUGAUGGUAUCAACAUAAUACUGUAUUAUGUUAAUAACAAAUAUCACUAUACCUUAGACACCGAAAAUGAUGACUUCAAAAACAACACGUUAGAUGUGUUCAGUUUAAAAUCUGCUUCAUCGUCUUUAUUAAAAUGCAUCGAAGUGCAAAGUGUAACCCCUACAACACAAUGGAUUAUGAAGAAUAUCAGCGUUAACGAUGAAGACCAAGAACUGCUGAGCUAUACACAUAAUGCGAGGCUGAACGAAAGCGUUUUGUACUGCAUGAAUCAGGCGAGCGGAGAUGUCAUAUGGACAGUGAUUGUUUAUGAUGAGAAAGAACGCAGUGUUAAUGCUACGUCAAUAAGACUUAUGGGCUCAACGAAGAGUGAGCAAUUCUAUCUUUUAAGUUAUAAGGAAUAUGAGGAAUAUAACUCUUCUGGGUCGGAAGAAACAUUUAGCAUCUUCAUUUCUGAUAUCGGAAGACUUGUUGGUAUACAACUUAAGAAAUAUCAUAGAUUUCAGAAUAUUCAUAUAACUUUGAAGAGAGAAACGGUGGAAUACAAUUUUCACUCUGGCUGCUGUGAUGUACAUGACAUCACGUUAUUUGAAUGGCGUUGUGAUACACAAAUGAAUGUAACACAUCUUUUUGAAUUAUGUUUAAUGAAUGACACUUGCGAUAAAAACCAGUUUCCCGAAUUAAUUAAUAUCGAAUCAGUUUGGCUGCUUGAAAUAGAAGGCUUAGAAACUGCAGCGGUAGAUUUGAGGAACAACAAACGUCAUAGCUGCAGAGUUGACUUAAAGUUGAAUACGACAGAAACAAAAUCACAGACUAUGCUUUGUCUAAGUUAUCAAAAUUUUUCUGAUAUUAGAACUAUUCAUAUUGACAACUGUGCCGCUGGUAACAUUAGUAUUAAAGUGACUUUAUUAGUUCGCAACGUGUCUGUCAUAUAUUAUGCUACAAGAGACGGAGAUUACUGUGGCUGUUGCCGGUGGUAUGUAGGAGAAGCAUUACCAGAGAUAACCACAACCCUUCUAACAGAAGAAAUAACUACUGUUAAUACUGACUCUACACCCCAAACGGAAAAUUUUAGCACAAAUUCGGAAACAUCUGUUACCGAAGAAAGUGUAAGCAAAAUCACCACACCAGAGACAUUAGUUACCGAGACAAGUGUAACAUCUCCCGAAAGAGGACUAAUAUCUACCGAGGGAACGACAGAGAGACCAACGAAUGAAGGAGAUCUAAGCGAGACCACCGAACCAGAGACUACAGCAUUACUAACUACUGGAGGUAGUAUUGCUACAACCAAUUCUGAAAGUGGGAUGUUUACAUCAACAGUCUCGCUAUUCACUGAAACCGAGCCUAUUCCUCCAGCAAACACAACACUGUGUCCGUGUGAGUGUGAAAACGAACGACACAACCUAACCCAAAAGGAACUCGAUAAAAAGCUACUUGAGAUUGUUUCGGAGUUAGCAUUUCUGCGAAAUUCAACUUCUAAAUACAUCCGUUCUAAAGUCAGUAUGCCCGACGCACGAUUAUCUUCGAAAUGUAUCGGCGCUAUCGCUGUCCUUUUCAUUGUCGUACCAUUUACAAUGAUAAUUUCUAUAGACGCCCUAUAUCUUUUCAAAUGGUUCUACGGCGUAAUUAUGAGUUAGAACUAUUUCAGCUCUAU